AUGUCAAAUACGAUUACUCCUAAUAACCCACCUUACCCUGCUUUCAGAGCAACUAAUAAAGAGAGUUUUGCCUAUGAGACCACGAUUCGUCGUUGGCCCAUUAUUAUCGAUAGCGCUAUCAAGGAUGUCAAGCAGACAAUCGCAGAGACUUUUGCUGAACGCGCUCAAGAAGGCGCCAGUAUUGUGGCAGCCUUGGAAGCCAUCAAGCAAGAAUUGGUUGACGAAAAGCCUUUAAGACCUAUUCAAGAUAACAAACCUGAUACUGCCAAGUGGAACAGACAUUUGGAAGACUACUUCAAGGGUUGCACUUGGAUGAAUGGUACCUGGCUGUUCAAUGAAUGCUAUCUUUAUCGUCGCAUGGCUGAAAUCUUUUACAACUCUCAACAUUGGACCGAUUACGAUUGUUUCGAACGCCAAAAGAACGACACUUUCAAGGGAUCCUACGGUGCAGUAUUUGAUUUAGCAUGCAAGAUGCCAGAGCUGAUAAAGCCAAUGCCCGAGGAGAAGCUUGAGAUUGUGUACAAUGAACUCAUUCAAAUCUGUUUGUGGGGAAAUGCUACUGAUUUGAGUCUGUUGACCAACAUGUCACAAGCGGAUAUCGAGAGAUUACAAGCUGUUGAGAAGGAUCACUUGGCUACACGUCGUCGAUUCAUCUUGGUGGAUGACACUGAAAAGCUAUGGCAAAAGCUCAAGUCUCUCAAGGGCGGCCGUGUUGAUUUUGUGUUGGAUAACUCUGGUUUCGAAGUGUUUGUAGACAUGAUCUUUGCUGACUGGUUACUGCAAUCUGGUCUCGCUGGUAAAGUGGUGUUCAACUGUAAAACAAUGCCUUGGUUUGUCUCUGAUGUGAUGCCCAAGGACAUGCCUAUGAUGUUCAAAAACUGUUUGGACAGAGAUUUCUUCCCUGCCAAGGAUGUCAGAUCUCAAGAGGAUGUGGAUGCCUUGGAGACUAUGGUUCAUCGUUGGGAGCAAUAUGUUGCUGAUGGCAAGUUGGUGGUUCGCUCUCAUGAUUUCUGGUGCACAGGUCUCUCUUACUGGUACAUGGAGUCUGACGCCCCUGACCUCUUUAGCGAGAUGAAGCAAUCUGACGUCGUGUUGUAUAAGGGUGAUUUGAACUAUAGAAAAUUGGUGUUUGAUUGUGAUUUCCCUGUUACUACGCCAUUUAAGGAAGCCAUCGGCCCCUCCAUGGCAAACCGCUUUACAAACAUCAUUGCUCUGCGUACAAACAAGGCUGAUCCUGUUGUGGGUCUGACUGAAGAGACCAAAAAAGAUAUUGAAGGUAGAGCAACUAGACAAGAAUGGCGCUUCAGUGGUAAAUACGCCGUUGUAGAAUAUAACUAG